GGGUGCCGGUUCGGACUCUGCAGCUGACCCAAGAUGGAGGAGUACGCGCGCGAGCCUUGCCCCUGGCGGAUAGUGGAUGACUGUGGUGGUGCCUUCACAAUGGGAGCCAUAGGUGGUGGAAUCUUCCAGGCUAUCAAAGGGUUCAGAAAUUCCCCAGUGGGUGUAAGCCACCGGCUGCGGGGAAGUUUGACAGCUAUUAAAACCAGAGCACCACAAUUGGGAGGUAGCUUUGCAGUCUGGGGUGGUCUCUUUUCCAUGAUUGACUGUAGUAUGGUGAAAAUGAGGGGUAAAGAAGAUCCAUGGAACUCAAUCACAAGUGGUGCCUUAACUGGAGCCAUAUUAGCCUCAAGAAAUGGACCAGUUGCCAUGGUUGGGUCAGCUGCUAUGGGAGGAAUACUUCUAGCUUUAAUUGAAGGAGCUGGUAUCCUAUUAACAAGAUUUGCCUCCACACAGUUUCCAAAUGGCCCUCAAUUUUCAGAUGAUCCCUCCCAGUUGCAGCCCUCCCCAUUUGGAGAUUAUAGGCAAUAUCAAUGAUUACAUUGUUCUACUGUUUCAUAUUGUACAUGUGAGCUGUCAUUUAUAAAAUGCUGGAAAACCAAGAUACAGAAAAUUGGAAGUGUAUGGUAGACCUCUUUGUGCAAACUAUGGCAAGAGGACACUUAGCACUUUUUCAUUGUAAAGAUGCACAAGAGAACUUUUAGAAUAUCAUAAAUAUAUUUAUUCAUCAUAGGAUUCCAUUGUUGUAAAGUUGAUAUGUCUGACAUAACACGUUAAUGC